UCAGUUGUGGACGAUUGGCCAAUGUAUUCAAGUCAACCAGAAGAUUAUAUCUUAGGUUCACCAAUCGGAUUUGGUGCUUCUUCAGUCGUUUUUGAAGCUUCUUUUCAACCUUUAAACGGACGUGCAUGUGCAGUCAAGGUGAUCGAUUUGGAAGUGUUUGGUAGAGAUUUAGCCGAAUUAAGAAGAGAGACACAAUUGAUGUCUUUGUCAAAACAUCCGAACGUCCUUCGUGUUCGUGGUUGUUGGGUUGAAGGAGCUAAGCUACACAUCGCCACACGUUUGAUGAACGCAGGAAGUAUGUUGGACAUUAUGCGUUUCAGCUUUCCAGAUGGAUUGGAGGAAGUGGUGAUUGCAACCGCUUUGAAGCAAGCAUUGGAAGGUCUCAAUUAUUUGCACAUCAACGGUUGGUUACAUCGUGAUAUGAAAGCGGCAAAUUUACUCGUUGACGAUGACGGCACCGUCCUUCUUGGCGAUUUUGGAGUGGGCGUCUACUUGACCGAAGCAGGCAAACACGGAACCGGUCGAAAGAGCUUUGUGGGCACGCCUUGUUGGAUGGCCCCUGAGGUGGUUGAACGAAAAGGAUACGACACAAAAGCAGACAUUUGGUCUUUCGGAAUCACAGCCUUGGAACUCUCAUCGGGAAGAGCACCGCAUUCUCGCUUACCAGCUAUCAAAAUCUUGAUGAGAACACUUCAAGAUGAUCCUCCAAAGUUAGAUCGCGAAAAUGGGGCGUACAAAUAUUCCAAGCUGUUCGAUGACUUUAUCAAGCAAUGCUUGCAAAAAGAUCCAUCAAAGAGACCCUCGGCGGAUAAGCUCUUGCAACACGGCUUUUUCAAACAAGCAAAAACGAAGAAGCAUCUCGUCAAUUCACUCUUGGCAGGAUUACCACCCCUAUCCGAACGACAAGAGAAGCAAAGAGCGAUGUCAAUUGCAUCUUUGCAAAAUCAAGCAUCCUGGGAUUUCGGUACA